AUGCACAGAAAAUCUUCACUUCCUGCUACCAAGAUGGCUGAUUUAUCUGCAAAAAAAAUGCCUAGGGACAGAAAAGCCAAUUGCACAUCCAUUGAGGCAAACCUGAUCAGUUCAAGAGUUACACAUGAGUUGGAGUUAUUGAAAGGGGUAUUUUCCCCAGAAGUGUCAAAUCAGAAGAAAAAUGAGUUAUGGAAAGUCAUAACAGAGGAAGUCAAUGCAUUGGGUGUUUGCAUGAGGAGUGAAACUGAAGUCAGAAACAAAUACCGUAAUAUGUGUCGGGGUGCCAAAGAGAAGUUUACCAUCAACAGAAAGGAAAUGAGCAAAACUGGAGGUGGACCACCACCCACACAGCUGACUAUUGCGGAAGCAAACAUAGUUAAUGCUAUGAGGGAUAGUGCCUCAUUCAUUGGAGUUGGUGGCUUGGAGACAGAAAUAACUUGCAAUGAAGCAAUUUCCGCCACAAAUGGAAGCCAGUCUCCAUGCACUGCCACAGCUACCCCAGACCUACAGCAGAAGCAUCUGUCUGGAUGAGAGCCUUAGACAGACAUCAUGCAAACUUGCAGAACAAUGAGCAGACCUGCCCUGUAGCUGAUGAUGCUGAAGGGACUAAUAGAAAUGCCACAUCUCCAGGACCAAGUAUUUCAGCAUCUUCCCAGUCAAAAAGAUCUUCAAGUUCAUGCAGGUAAUGUUACUACAUAUUUACAACAAGAAAUUUCUUAUUUCAUGACAUCAGCAAUUAUAUA